AUGCCUCCAUACGCGACCACUCCAUUCAAGGACUUAUGCCUAUACCCACAGCCAUUAAACCCUCACCUUCGCCCCAUGCCCGUGGUGAGCAUCACAGCCCUCCCACUAAAAGAUGAGCGAGACCCCGUCUGGGCCGAGCAAUGCUGUCUACAAUGCGCCAAACUCGUGGGCAGCGUCGAUCUCUUCUGUGUGCCGCAUCCCAACAAGAGCGAAAACAAGUGCAUCCGCUGUUACAAUCUGAACAUCACAUGCAUCCCAAUCCCGCAAGAUCACGUUGACACUUUCCGCAGCAUACAGGUGUUUUUUAAGAAGCGGGACUUGAAGUAUGCUUUUCUUUUCCGUCGGGCUUGGAUCAUUGGUAUGAAUAAUGAGCCUACCGCUCGCAUUGGACGACAGCUUUACUUGCUCAAUCGUAAUAUCGAACGGUUGAUCAACGCUCAGUUGGCGAUUAGAAAUGAGCCACCAGUAGCCCCGAUCGAAGAGGUUUUUGGUGAGGAUGUGUCUCGCUACGAUGUUUGA